AUGUUUAAAAACAACUUCGCCGAUAAAAUUCGUCGUGCCGUAUUGUUCAGCAUUAUUUCAGGUGCUUGUUUCGAAGAAGUUUAUAUUCUCGGUCAAUGCAGGUCCAACUUUGACAUACCUUCUAAGAAGAAGUCUCGCAAAGAGUGUAUAACGAAAGUAAGGUUCGUUAACUUUUCGCAAUGCUUCAUUUAUCUACGAGUGAGUACAAAAAACGAAUAUGACUAUAUCUGCGACCAACCAUUUAUCCGUCCCGUUUCAACGAAUUGCAGGAAAAAACAUAAAUUUUGUCGUCAAUGUAUUCAACAAUGGCUGAAACGUAGUUCAUCAUGUCCGAAAUGUCGUCAGAUUCUACACUCCGAAGAUCUUAUAUCAAUCACGGAAGAUAUCGUAAUCGAUGUAUUGAAUGAACUACGAGUUAAAUGCACGGCGUGUGGGGAAACUGGCCUUGAAAGGGGUGAUUUCAAUAAUCACAUUAAGCAUUCAUGCCCAUCGAUAAUCGUGACAUGCCCCGCAAGUGAUAUCAAAUGUUCAUGGACAGGACCCCGGAGUCAACUUGACAAUCAUUUAAAGCGAUGUUCAUAUGAAUCCCUACGGCCGUUAAUUUCUUCGUUAGUUAGUGAAAAUCAAGCACUCAAAGAGCAAGUAUCACAAUUGUCGAGGCAUAUGAAAGAGCACCAUCGCGAAAUGCAGCAUUUCAAAGAACAAUUUCAUCAACAUAUCAAUAGAAUCGAUAGACAACACAAUGAAACAGCGAGAACUUUAAUAACGAGAGAUCCAUGUGCCCAAUUUCAAUCUCAACUUGUUCGUAUUUGUUCGCUCAAUAUUUAG